CCCGCGCGCCGCUCUGCUCCUCCCGGCACCCGCACGGCCGCACCGCUGCUCCGCCCGCCCUCCAGGCUCCCGCACCUUUGCUCCGCCUCGGGACGCGCCGGGCGCCGCCGCCGCGGCCCGGGCCUCCCGCGCCCCUGCUCGGCUCCGGCGCAGCGUGGUGCGGCCAACCCGCUCCCGAUGCCGAUUUGUUCCGCCCUCGAUGUAGCGUAGCGAGGAGGGUGACAAGGCUGACUGCUGAGAGAGCGUCGAUUCGCAUCCGUUUCUCCUGUUGGCCCGCCGACGCGCCUGUCUUCCUCGCUCUGCUCGCCGCUGCCCCCGCCCCGCCGCACGCCCGCCACCCCCCCCCACCCCCACCCCGCGCAUUCUCUUGGGAACGCCACAACCAGGCCCCGGCUGCCUACCCACCACAUCAUCGCCGUAAAUUCAAUCCCUCGAUCCCUGGGCGUGCCCAGCUUUUUUGUUUUUGGGGCCUCACCGCUGGUCACCGCUCGCCAUCUCCCAGCCUGCUCCAAUUCGUUUCGGAUUCCUUUUCUAUUUUUGAAUUCACCCUGCGUCGCUCUCGCUGCCUUCGUGGAGAGGCGCGCGGCGUACUUCUCACGCGACGACCGCAGGGGGUCAAGGAGGAAUCUAGACGGCCGGGGACGCCCAGUGCCACAUCGCCGGCCGACAACCGCCAUGGGCUUCGCGCGCGUGGAGCUGCGGUGCCCCAGGGCCCUCGACCCGCGCCCGAGCUGGACGCUCGGCGACGUCCUCGCGGAGCUCGACGCGCUGGACGCCACCCGCCGGGCCGCGCCGCCCACACCCCUGAAGCAGCCGCCGGAUUGGGCUAGCGAUGGCAGUGCGAGACAGAAGGCCUUUGUGAUGCGGGUUGAUGACGAAGACGACUCAGAUGAUGAAGACGAUAUUAGUGAUGGGGAGUCCCAGGCUCUUGUGGCCACAGGAGCAAGGUUCUCGUGCAAUGACCUCGAAUCCAGUGAUUCAGACGAUGAAUCAGGUGGCCGGGUUGCACCGUACCUCUUAAUGGAGAAAAGGAACCUAGAGAAGAGCAUUCUUCUUGAGCUGGAACGCGAGCAUCAUCUCAAAGUUCAAGAAGAAGUCAGAAGUAAGCUAUCUGCAUUGGAGGCAUGCCACCAAAAUGAAAUCCAGAGAACAAUUUCUGCGUUUGCUCGACUUCAGAAAUAUGCAGAAUCAAGAAAAGAAAUAGAUAGAAGACUAGACGUACACUUCCAGAGAAGAAUUGCAGAAGUACUCGACAGACACUUAUCUAUGGUCCAAAGGGAUCAUGAACAGAAAUCCCAGAUUGUAGAACGUCGAAUAAGAGAUGAUGCAGCUCUUGAAGAAGCUAAAAGAAAAGAGCAAGCUAUCAAGGAAGAAAAGUUAAGGCAGGAAAGAGCCCGGCAAGAUUCAGAGGCUAGGCAGAAGGAAGCUGCAAAAUUAGCAGCUGAAGCACGGAAAACAGCAUUUGAGGCUGCUCAAAAGGAAGCGGCAGAAAAGGAAGCUGCAGAAAAGGAGGCUGCCAAAUUGAGGGAAGCAGCAGCUUCCCAACCUAGUCAAAAUUCUCAGGAUAAUAUUGCAGGUAUCAAAGUUUUUGCCGAUAAAUAUGCAUUAGAAGCAGAAUCACGGAGGCGUGCAUUGGUACACAAUCAAGUGCCAGAAAACAUUCAUCUCAACAAGGAAUUCAGCAAAUAUGACCGACAAAUUGCCAAAUCCAUAGGUAAACUUAUGCCGACCACUGACAGUGUCAGAGCAAGGGCUAGUGAGCUUAUUAAAGCUUUAGAUGGACGAGAUUGUCCCCGUCCAAUCGCAUGUUCUCUAUUUGCAAACAAGAUCAUUUCAAUUGUCAAGAGUAGAAAUACAAAGGACAAAACCUUUGGAAACUUGGCCUUUGCAUGUGGAUAUGUCAUGCUAUUAGUCACAAACCAGGUACCAGAUGCAAUGGAUUAUCUUCUAACUGAGUUCAACAGAGUUUGCAUGUACACAGUUCCAAAGCAUCUGCAUGCUUUGAAUGCACAAGCACGUAAUAAAGAUUAUUAUAGAUUGAUAGGUUACCAGGAAGAAAAUGGACAACUUGAGAGCACUGAAAGUUAUUUAACAUAUGUCGUUGCAUACGUCAAACUGUAUGCGGCAAUGAUUCAGACUGAAAUCAAAGGUGUACGUCAUCCUCACGGCUUAGCCGAGGGAUGGAAGUGGCUUGCAAUGUUCCUCAAUGCUCUCCCAGCUACCACAGCCACUGCGUGUGCUCUUCAUGCUUUCCUCAAGAUGGCGGGUUUUGCACUUCACAAAAAAUAUGGAUCACAAUUCCUGAAAAUUCUGGAUGUGAUAUCACGGUGCUUUUUACCAGCCCUGAAAGAUCAAGGCAACAAAAUGCAGUCCGAGGCUGUCAACAAUCUACAGAAUUAUCUGAAUGACAAAAUCUACCUCCAGGAACCUGAAGGGCAGUACCUUGUUCAGCAACUACUGUCCAAAGAGUUGUUCAUGUGAAGAUUAAAACACCAGAUCAGCUAGGGUACGUACACAUAAUCAGUCACGAUCAUUGCGUGUGAUUAGCUCCAGUUGACAGUUGAGCCUCCAAAGGCAAUUGGGGUUUGCAGAUUAACUGACCUACAUGACUAUCAGCAUCAGAUCGUCCCCAACAAUAUUUAGUUAUUUAUUAGAUAUUCCCCUCAUGUAUCCCGCCAAAGACGGUAUAUAGCAUAGGUUGAGGCUUCACUGUUUGUUGUAUGUCUGGACCCUGUAUCGAGGCCAAUUCUUGUAUUGAGGGCAAUUUCGCCUUCAGUUUUAGAAGAAUUCUGUACUGGACACUGGAUUCGUGUGGACAUUUGAGUUUGUUGUCUUGUAGAGUAUGCUUGCAGCUGAUCGCUCAAAGUUCUCUAACAUAAUACUAUGAUGUUAGACAGUGAA